CAUCACCACGGGCACACUGGUUACCUGUGGUCAAAAAGUGGCAAAUGCGAUUAAGCAAAAUUGGGUUAUGUAGUGCCACCUAUAUAUGGAGGACACGAAAGUAAAGAUAAACACACAAAGUGUGAAAGUGAAUUGAAAAUGGGAAUUCUGUGAGACAAAGCACGCCGAGUGAAAGUAGUACGACGUCACCACAUUACACAAUUCCAGACUAACAUUUCGCCUUACUACUGCUUGACUUAGAACCAAUGUUCACCGCGUGGAGAAGCAGUGUUGCAUUCGAACGCAGCCAAAGCAACUCUGACGAGUAGUCGAUACCACCGGGAAUCGGUACUCAUUCGCUCAGCGGCAGCCAUUUUAACUUUUGGCGUCGAAAAUACGACGAGGAAAUCUGAGGAAGCCGGAGAUCCUGUUGGUCUGUGUGGUUUUUUCGCAUCCAGCGCAAGCAGUGUGUAGUGCUCGAGGGCCCGUGGUUACCAGUGAGUGUGCGAGGAAGUAGAGAAGUUGAGUUUAAGAAGCGGAGUCGGAUUUGCGGAUCAGUAGUCUAACCAAAACCGAAGCGAAUAUGUCGAUGUCUGCCACGUGCUACAAGUGCAACCGGCCGGGCCACUUUGCCCGGGACUGCAGUCUCGGCGGCGGCGGUGGUCCGGGCGGCGUUGGAGGAGGCGGUGGUGGCGGCGGCGGCGGUAUGCGCGGCAGCGAUGGCGGCGGCAUGCGUCGCAACCGCGAGAAGUGCUACAAAUGCAACCAGUUCGGGCACUUCGCACGUGCCUGCCCCGAGGAGGCCGAGCGCUGCUACCGCUGCAACGGCAUCGGGCACAUCUCGAAGGACUGCACCCAGGCAGACAACCCGACCUGCUACCGGUGCAACAAGACCGGACACUGGGUGCGCAACUGCCCGGAGGCCGUCAACGAACGUGGACCGACCAAUGUGUCGUGCUACAAGUGCAACCGCACCGGACACAUCUCCAAGAACUGCCCGGAGACCUCGAAGACUUGCUACGGCUGCGGCAAGAGCGGACAUCUGAGGCGCGAGUGCGACGAGAAGGGCGGACGGAACUAGGCGCCACCACCCACCCGUGGCACCUCACAAAUGUAAUCAUCGAAGGAGGAAUAUGAGUAAUAAUUCAACACACGAAGAACAACCAGAAGAAGAAGAUGAAAGAGAAAAGAAGAAAAAAAAUGAAAAAAACGAAAAAUCAAUUUGCUACAACAUUCACAAAGCCAGCCAACAGCAACAACAACAUCUAGAAGCGAUAGCAGCAGCAGCACCCAAGUCAAGAUCAACCCCUCCAAAAUAAAGAACACACACCCACACCCACAUCCACAGCCCUUCAUUAACACACGCAGCAUAUAAAUCCAUAAUCCUGAACAUCAUCCAGUAACCAUCGCUGAUUCCAAAAGCCGAGCCUGCAGCGCGGUGCCAACGUCCCGAGAACUGAAAGAAGACAAGGAAGGAGAAGUAUUGGCUUUCCGAGGGAAAGCCGCCAGAUGAGGAAUCAUGGAGGCCACGGAGGAAGAAGGCAAGGGCUCCUCGAGCGGGGGUCGGAGGAGCAGAACCAGAAGACGAUAGCCAACGGCAGCUGUGCAGCCGAGAGAGCAGAUGACGCCGACGACGAGGAAUAGGAUGAGGACGAGGUAGAAGAUGAGGAAGAAGACACGACGACCCAAAUUGUAAGAUGAGACUAAACCGCAACAGCAACAACAAAAGAAAUCACCAAGCAAACCACUUUACUAUAAUUAUACCUAUAUGAUUAUGAUUAUGCUGCAGAGUGUUUGAAUUUACUAAUUACAUUAUAACGAAUGGAAUGAAACUAUAUAAGAUUAUAUAAAGAAAAAAAUACCUUAAAGAAUACUAUUUAAAUCUAAUGAUCCUAUUAGGAGUUCCACAGCCAGAAACAACC